AUGGAGCCCAGGGCACGAGCCGGCAAGAAUGUCGGCAAGAUGAACUUUGGCAACGUCGAGUUGUCAUCGCUCCUCUACGGCUGCGGCGACGUGCGCCACCCGCUCCCCGAGAGCAUGAAGGUGCUGGACGAGAUCGCGACCGAGUUCAUCCAGGGCCUGUCGUUCGAGGCCGCGCGCACGGCGCAGUACUCGGGCCGCCAAAAGGUCAAGUACGAGGACUUUGAGUUCUCGUUCCGCCGCAACCCCCAGUACCUCGGCCGCGUCCAGGAGGUCUUCGAGCUGAAGAAGCACAUCGCCGAGGCCCGCAAGGCCUUCAACGACGAAACCCUGCUCAAGGAUACGACCGGCCUCAAGCAGCUCGCCGCCGACGCCGGCGUCGCCUCGGCCGCCGACGGCAAGGCGGAGAGCGAGGCUGGCAGCGGCGGCGGCGCGAGGAGCGUCAGCGAGAGGAGUGCCGUCAACAGGGGGAAGAAGAGGAAGCACGAGGACGUGGCCGAGGACGAGGAGCUAGGCGAUCAGGACGAUGACCUCGAGGCCCUCAUGGACCUGACUGGAAAGAAGCGAUGA